GUUGCAGCAGCAGCCGGCGGAGAGUCGUGUGAGUGUGGCGGCAGCAGCAUCAUCACGGUCCAACAACAGCAGCAUCGUCGCAGUACUGAACAGCUGACUUAUAGCCAUGAUGAAAGUGGGCACCACCAAGGUGGGGCUGCCCAAGCCAGGACUCCAGGAGCGGACCAGGCAUUCCUCCUUGGCGACCUCCACCACCUCUACUGCCAUGAAGACCUCCAGAUCCUCCAGUAUGCUUGCCUCAGUUCAGCGCCUCAGCAGGCUGAAAAGAGCCAGCAGUGAUGAUGCCUUGACAAAGCCUGCACUGGGAGCCGCUGCCUCUGGCUCCCAGCUGAAGAAGACUGUGACCACUGGAGCCAUCUCAGACCUUGCAGAGGCCCGUCCUCGCAGCCUGUCUGGUGUGCAAACAGCCAAGAAAUCUGGUAUCCCAGCCCCUAGAGAAAUCCCUUCAACCAUAAACAGAGAUCGUAUCUCUCUUAGGGACCAGAUAAGGAGCUCUUCCAAUAAGAGGAUAGUUUCUAGUGCCAGCACUUCUAGCCUCUCCACCCUAGCAAAGCAGACACGUAGUACAACCAAGUCCCGUGGAGGUGCAGAGGACCAGAGUCUGGAGUGUCAGGUGAAGGAGCUGCUGGCUGAGGCUAAGGCUAAAGACUUAGUGAUCAGCAAUCUCAGGAUGGAGCUGCAGCACUGCAAUGAUAAAGCCUCUGCUUCCUCUUCAUCCCCACCCAGCUCUGUUUCACACCAAGAGCAUACUGCAGAUCAAGAGCAGGGACAAGUGGCAGAGGCCCUUGUACUGGUUAGGGAGCUCAGGGAGAAGAACAGCAAGUUUCAGAGAGAGUUAGCAGCUCUCAGGGAGGAGAACCAAGCGCUGAAGGAAAAGCUGCUUUGCUUGGAGGCUUCUUCUCUCUUUAAUACAAACACAAGCAUCCCCCCCAAGCCUCUGUUGAAUGUCCUGCCAUCAGACUCCAGCUCCUCGGCUCCACAACAGGAAAGUCUUUCUUCUACUGCCAGCCCACUCAAAACCUCUCUGUCUUCCAGCUCUGACAUCACCAAAGACUCACCAUCUCCUGACUCCUCAGAGUUUGAGAAGAUCCCAUCACACUCAGAAUCAGUGAGCAGCGGUGUCAGUGGUAUAUCCAUUGCAGCUAGGGAAGUAACCAUUGCAGUAGAACAGGAUUUGGCAGUGCAGAGCCUAACAGAAAAGAUUCACAAAAUGGAGGAGAGCCACCACAGCACGGCAGAGGAGCUGCAGGCAACUCUCCAGGAGCUGGCUGACCAGCAGCAAGUGGUGCAGGAACUGACAGCUGAGAAUGAGCGUCUAACAGAGGAGAAGGACCUCCUGCAGACCUCACUUCAACAGCAGAGGGAGUGUCUAGAGGUGCUGGGCAAGAAGAAUGAGGCACUGGUUGUCCGACUUCAAGAGCAAGCCCACACACAGGCCCAGAGAGAGGAGGAGCUGGGUAGCCAAGGGCCUCGGCUGGCAGAGCUGGAGCAGAGGUAUGCCGAGCUGGUGGAGAGCUCACGCUUUGAACGGGAGAAGCUGGUGGACAUCCAGCAGCAGCUGACGGGCAGCCUGCGGGCUCUGGAAGAGGAGCACCAGGAGGCCCAGGGCCAAGUGUGCUGUCUCAGACAAGAGGUGGACAGGCUGCAGAUCCAGCUGGACAGGGAGCUGGAAGUGGGAAAUCAGGCAGCACAAGCUGCAGAGGACCAGAAGGCAACAGCAGACUGUCUCAGACUGGAAAACAGUAGACUAAAGGCACAGGUGGAUAUUGAGAGACAAAAGUUGGGUGAGCUGAAGGCCAUGCAGAGUGCCAGUGACAGCACUGAGCUGCAGAGUCUGCUGAAGACAGCCCACACUGAGAGAGACAGGCUGGAGGUGGAGCUGACGGAGCUUAGGCAGGAGCUGCUUCAGGCACGGGCUGAGACUGAGCAUGUGCGAACAACAAUGUCAAAGGUGGAGGCCAGGUUCCAGCAGGCUCAGGAGCGGGCUGAGAGGAGGGACCAGGAGCUCAGUAGCCAGGUGACUUCUCUAGAGGCUGCUGGGAUUCAGGCUGAGAACCGGGUGAAGGAGCUGAAUGACACCAUCUUUGAACUGGAGGACCAGGUAGAACAGCAGAGGGCCGUCAACUGCCACACCAAGCAAGCUGUCCUGGACAUGGAGAAUCUUGUCAAAAAGCUGGAGGAGCAAAAAGCUGAGGCAGAGCAACAACUGAAAACCUUGAGUCGACAGAUGAAGGAUGAAAAAGAGGAGUGGCGCCGGUUCCAGGCAGACCUCCAGACAGCAGUGGUGGUGGCCAAUGACAUCAAGGUGGAGGCUCAGCAGGAGCUACGUACAAUCCGGAGACAGCUGCAGGAGGAGCGGGAUCGCAAUGCAAAGCUCUCUGCAGACCUGGAAGCCCUGCAAGGUGUCAGGUCUCAAGGCGGGGAGAUGAGGGAGUCCUAUUCCGAUAACAGCCAUCACUGGUGCAGCACCUUCGUGAUCCCGACCGCAACCACUGAUGCCAGUGGAGAUGUUGACUCAGAUCCCGGAGCUACUGUCAAGUCCCUCAUUAAAUCUUUUGAUACUGUUGGACAGAAUGGAUCAGGUCACACAGUUCCAGUGCAUUCCUCACCAAGAAGCCUGCUGAGUGGGAUCCCUGUACACACUGCACCUGCUGCUGCUGUCUCCCCUAUCCAGAGACACUCGUACAUAAAGCCACUGUCAAAGACGUUGGAAAAAAGAAUCAGUCGAGGAGAAUUUUCUCAUCCUUGUGGUAAGUUGUCAGGCUACAGGGAAGACUUGAAACAUAACAGCUUUAUGAGGAAGAGCCCUUCCCUCGAGUCUGUAAUCAAAACCCCCGCCUCCCUCAGCCGCCACACAUCAUCCUUCCACUACGGCCCAGGCAACAGCAAGCUCAGCGUGGAAAGAAAGGACCCCUUGGCUGCACUGGCGCAGGAGUAUGGAGGAUCUAAGAGAAACGCUUUACUGAAGUGGUGCCAGAAGAAAACACAAGGCUAUCCGGAUAUUGAUGUGACCAACUUCAGCAGCAGUUGGAGUGAUGGCUUGGCUUUCUGUGCUCUCUUGCACACAUAUCUGCCCGCCCAUAUCCCUUACCAGGAACUAAUCAGUCAAGAUAAGGUCCGGAAUCUGACCCUGGCUUUUCAGGCUGCCGAAAGCAUUGGCAUCAAAUCCACCCUGGACAUUGAGGAGCUUAUGAAGACUGACAGGCCGGACUGGCAGAGCGUCAUGCAGUACAUCUCUCAGAUCUAUAAGUAUUUUGAGACCUGACCAGUGUUGAUGAGGGGCUGGAGACCUAUGAAAACUGGAGGCACUGCAGCACUUUCCUGCUCGGACUCUCAGCACCUUGUGGACAGAGCAAACACUGCCACUUCAACCUUUCUCCUGCUUAGUGUUCAACAGUGGACGCAUGACUGAGGGUCUGUGUGUUCUUGAGAAAUGUAGCAGUUUCUUGCCCUUAGUUGUUGACAGUCAAAAACUUGCAGUCAGGAAACAAACCACCCUGUUCAUUUAUACAAGUUGCAAGUUUUGAUUGAGCAUCUGAUUCACAAAAAAUAAAAAGCAGACAGACAAUUACUGGUGCAAAAUCCUACUGACCUUGUAGCAGUUGACAGUACAGCUGAGAGGGGAUUAAGAGACACUGACUUGGAACAGCUUAGACAGCAUUAACAGUGAUAAUGACAAGGUUGGAUAAAACCCUUUGUUAUAAACUAGCUGUCAGUAGACACUUCAUGUGUCAUUUGUUUCUGAAACCGGUCACCCUGGGCCACCAAUACUUUUCUAAAGGUUAUUUGCCAAUUAUCAGAGCUGCUGUGAAUCAGAUGCUCUGUGGAUGCUUUGUGUUUUAAAAUGUGCCAAAUCUUCAUCCAAAACUCAACUUGCACAAAGCUAUCCAUGCUCAAAGUACAGUGUUGUGUCUCAGCUUCCCUUCAGCAUGCCAAUGUGAGUCCAGCUGACUGCUGAAAUGUUGCUAAAAGAACUGACCACUGCUCAAACUGAGUCCUUAUUGUAAACAAGCUGGAGUUCCACUUUGCAGAGCAGAGAGUUUUUUGAACUUGUGUGAGUUGGACUAAGGCCUGUAUAUUUUUCACUUCACUUGUGGAACCUGGUUUGUUGUCAAAAACAGAAAAUAGACAAACUGUAGAUGCCA